AUGUUAUCUCUAUCUUUCUCAGUCUUACUUGCAAGCAUUUCUUGGGUUUCCCUUGCUACUGGCCAAAAGGUCAAAAUUGUCUCUCCUGUACCGGGCUCUCCUGUCGUUCCCGGAACCACUCUCAACUUAACUUUGGAAGUAGAUGGUGACGUAUGCCACCAGGUCGCUCUUGGAUUUGGAUUAAACUCCAAACCUACCGACUCCAAAUCCCUUGGACACUUACUGCUCGGUACCCUCGACACUACCAAGACUCCCUUCGAUCCAUCCACAAAGCAGCUAUCGUAUCCUCUUCAGAUUCCUGCAACUGAUAAAUUUACAGAUGGUGUCACUGGACCUAUUACUUUACCGGUGUUCGUGAUAUUGAUUUAUGUAUAA